AUGUGUCUUGAUACCAUCGAGGAACAUUAUCAGAGUUCCGAGAGCGAGCCCAAGUAUGCACGCAACCUUGUUCAUCAAGAAAAGAUAGUAUCUAAUGAUGAUUGCAGCGCCUGUCACAUUGACCCUCUUAGUUUCGAUACUGAGAUGUCCUUCGCAGUUGACCACUCUUCAGCUGAGUCCAUCGAUCCUGACAUCGAGAUGGCCUUUGGAGUCAACACUCACUCAGUGGGAGAUUUUGAAGGCAACAAUUUGGAAAUCCCAGAUGCCGAGACUUGCCUCUUCUGCGCAAACGGUAGCAACUCCUUCGAUGAGAGUCUGGCUCACAUGAAGGCAAACCACAACUUCAAUAUCCCCAACAAAAGCCGUCUCAACAGCGAACCUGUCAAUUUAGUUGAUUAUUUUCGUCACUUACGGCUCAAAGACGAUUCUACCACCUAA